GUUCCCGGUUGCCAUGGGGAGGAGGGGAGGGCGGUGCCGCCGCCACUGCGCAGGGAGCAGCUGCUCCCUGACACAUCCCCCCGCUGCCAUAUUGUGUCCGCGCUGCCGGCCGCACGGAUUCAUGACCGCGACCAAUAAAGCUAAAUGGGUCCAGUCACUGGAAUGACUCCGGAUAAGAAAGCUGAAACACCAGGAGCAGAAAAAGCUGCAGGACUGCAUCAGUGUCAUGGGAUGGGAAGCUUGCCCAAUGCAGGCAAUGCCAGCAGGCCUAAGGCCACUGUGGUUGACAGAGAUUCAGCAGACGACGAGCUCACAAAUUUGAACUGGCUACAUGAAAGUACUAAUCUGCUAACAAACUUCAGCCUUGGAAGUGAGGGUCUUCCCAUUGUUAGCCCCUUGUAUGACAUUGAGGGCGACAGUGUGCCAUCCUUCUCACCAUCCUGCUACCAGAACCCUGAAAAAAAAUCCUCCACAUCCAAACCCCCUUACUCUUUCAGCCUUCUCAUCUACAUGGCCAUCGAGCAUUCCCCCAACAAGAGCCUGCCAGUCAAAGAAAUCUACAGCUGGAUCCUGGAGCGCUUCCCAUACUUUGCCACAGCACCCACUGGCUGGAAGAACUCGGUCCGACACAACCUCUCCUUGAACAAGUGUUUCCGAAAGGUGGAGAGGAGCCAUGGCAAGGUGAAUGGAAAAGGUUCAUUAUGGUGUGUUGAUCCAGAGUAUAAACCUAAUCUUGUCCAAGCACUGAAAAAGCAGCCUUUUCCCUCAGCACUUGCAUUUUAUACUCCACCAGCAUCACCACCAAGAUCAGCAUCACCUCACUACCUGACUUCAGUUCUUCAGCAGACCCAUGGCCGAUCUCUCAAAGAAUCUGAUAUUGAUGCUGCUACUGCAAUGAUGCUGUUAAAUACUUCCAUUCAACAAGGAAUGUUGGACUGUGAGAAACCUCAACCUCUGAAGACGACAUCUAAGAAGAGGAGUUACGGCAGCGCCUUCAAUCCUCCCAGUUCCAUCAGUCUACAAGAAAAAGAUUCUGUGGCCACCAGUAUUGAUCCGAAGGAGGAUCACAACUACAGUGCCAGCAGCAUGGGUUCCCAGCGCUGUGCAUCAAGGUCCAGCAUGUCUUCCUUGUCCUCCCUUGACGAGGUGUAUGAAUUUAUCUCCAAGACCAGCCACGAUGGCAGCGAUGGCAGCGAAGGCUUCCACAGCGAAGUGGAUACAGACGUUGACUAUGAAGAUGAUCCUCUUGGAGACAGUGGCUAUGCAUCACAACCUUGUGUAGAUACCUCUGAGGAAAGUCAGCCUAGCGACAAAGUGUUCAAGGAGUUGUGUCAAGAAAUUGAUGAGGAGUUGAAAGAAGCAGCAGGGUCUCUGCUCCACCUUGCUGGAAUCCAAACGUGCUUGAGUUCCUUAAUAAGUACUGCAAAGACCCACUGUCACAAGCAAAGAAAAAAAUAGUAUGUUUCUCAGUGUUGAAUAUAUACAUAUAUUUUUUUUAAUUGUGGCAAUACUCUUCUACUCUUACCCUUCACAAGGGAGAUCAAAGCCAUAAGAGGACUCAUUGCUUUUUUAUUUUUGGCGCUACCUACAAUUUAGCCAUUUAUUUUUAAAUCACUGCCUAAAGAUAAAAAAAUAUUUAAUCUUCUCAAACUAGAAGAGUUGCAUGACUUGUGAAAACCCGAAAGCAUACUUCUUAAUUAUCACUUUUUUUUUUCUUUCCUUUUUAAUAGUUGAUUCAUUUUUUCCCAGAGAUACGCUCUUUCAGAUGUACAUUGUGGUUCAUAUUUACAUUUCUGCUGGCCCCAUCUGCAGAAUUGAAUUUUGCACAGUCUGAGGGCCAUGUAAAGGAAUUAAAAAGGAGGAGAAAAAAGAAAGAAAGGGGGGAAAAAAAAACCUUGGCCUUGGUUGCCUCCUCCCUCUCUUUGCUCUUCUGAGGCAGGUCCCAUGGAAAUGCUUUUGAAGUAGUUCCAAGUAGCUGCCUAUCAAACACAGUGGUCUAUCUGCCAAAGUGGCUGAAACUUGUAGCACUCUAGGAGCUGCUUUCAGCAAGAUGUAAAGUACUCCCAGAAAACAGGGGGCAAGGGGUAGCAGAAGUGGGUACCACUCACAGUUUUCUUUUUUUUCCCCCUGCUUUCCCCAAGUCUGCCGGUCAGAUUCCUAGAGGACAACAGUCAUGGGUGGGUGUUUUUUUUUCAUCUUAAGACAAAUUGUCCUUUUUUUUGAAAGGGAAGAGGGUGUCCUUUUCAUGCAGAUGCAACACGUGCACACACGCACCUUGGAUGCAGCCAACAGUGAAAGCUGUCACUUGCCAAGCUUGAUGUUGUCCUUGUGUUCCCACCACUGUUGAUGCAGAAUAGCUGUGCAGUCCUGCAACACUUCUGCUCCCUGACACCAAUUCAGCGGGUGAAAAGAGCCCAAGAGUUGGUGGUGGUGGCCAUAUGGACAAGGUGGAGGCUUCAGGUGGCCUUGGUGGUAAAGGGCUGCUGAAAAGCAAACAUCUUGCCCCCUAAUCUUACAGAAAAUAGAAUAGCUUCCUUUUUGAUUUGUGAACCCUGAAUUGCUUUGCAGGGGGUUUUACCCCUUUUCCCUCAAUGCUUGCUUGUUUUGGCCCGUGGGCUGUCCAUACCUUUUGUUUCCCAGAUCACUGUGCCUUGCACUGUGUGAGUGCUGUCAGCCUCCUGCUGCAUCCAGGGCAUCUCUUGAGCAAGGCAAGCCUUCAGUUUUAGAUGGAACAUUGUAGCUCAGGAGGACCUCUCUGUUAUGGGAAUAUACUCCUUCACAAUUCAUUCUUAAUAGUAAAAAGAAUCUCUUAUAGUUUCCAGACAUCUUUUGGCCAAAAAUGUUUUUGUGUUAUGCUAAGCUUUUUUUCCUGUUUUUCCUUUUUUAUUAUUCUUUUAAAAUCAGUGAUGAAUGCUUACAUCUUGUAGAUGAUCCUGCUUUUUUAAAAGUUUUCUGUUCACAAAUGGGUAAGCAUUUCUGUUGGAGUGGGCUUUAACAGUACUGUAAGCAUAAGUAUGCCUUAAGCAUGUUGCAGAACCGUAUACAGCUAUCAAAAGCUGUCUCUCCUCUUUCCAAAAGAUAGCAUAUGUGCCAUAAAUGUUCUCCCUAAUGUGUAAAACUAUUGCUUUCAGCAGGUGUUGGGCAAGCUGGUUGAAAUUUAAAAGCAGAGCCACCUAGGAAACCAGUGUCCACUGUUUUGGUCCUUGAAAACAGUUCUGGAUCAGCCAAAAGUUUAACCUUUCCCUAACAGGGUAUUUUUCUGGCUAUUUGGAGCCUUUCCUAGGCCAGUGUGUUGUUCUGAUUUUUUUGUUUUUUGGUUUUUUUUUCUUCUUGUUAGUCUCUUCAUGAAUACUGCCAUAAACUGUCUACAUUAAAUAUGAACACAGCCAUCCUGCUGAAGAUGUGUUGCUCUGAGGGCCUGUUCCAUUCCCUCUUGAACAGUGGUGGUGCUCCUCCUUACUCAAUGGCUGUUGACUCAAGACUUAAUUAUUUGAGUUUCUGCUUUGGGAUUUAAAGCCAAUAUUAUUUUUUUAAAGCACAAACAUUAUAAAAAAUAAGUCCUGGUUUGCUUGGGUUUUUUUUCCCAAGUACUUCAGUUUUAAGAAUGAUUUAGUUUAUUUUAGAAAGGGAAGAUAAAUACUUUGCUGCACUCCUGCUUUGUGUGAGCACCUGUUGGCUUUCAGCCAUGACAGGGCAGUGUGUGCAGAUGUGUAUGUCUUCUGGAUAUCACAAGUGGUGCAUUAGACAAUUAGAUCUGAUAUUGGAUGUGUUACUGAUGGAUAGCAGGGGUGAAACUUGCUAUUUAAAGGAAAACUAAGUACUAGUGCAGUGGUUCUUAGGAUUUUGGGAUGUGGAGAUGUGAAGGCUUAGUGGAACUCCUUUUGGCUCAUGGGUUGCUCUUGUACCUUGAUGGAAAACUGCAAAGGGCAGAGUUUGUGUCAGUGCAAAACCAAGGAUACAGCUCCACAGAAAUAUCUUGUUAGCAGUCUGGGAUUUUGCUCAGUACCCACUGUUGAAGAGGGGUGCUGCCUGGCUCCUGCUGGAGGUGGUUGCAGCUUUUCUGUAGCUUACAGUGAAAGCCAGAUCAAGGUCCAAGGACUCUGGAAACUGUGAUCCCAGUCUGCUCCUUGGUUUGGUUCUAAAUUUUUUUUUCUUUUUGCCUCAGAUAAAAUUUGAGAAUGUUAAUACUUACUAGAAGUGUGGCUGUUGUGCUGUUAAUCCUGAAGUUGGUCAUCAUGACUUCAGCAUAUCUGAAGGGAUGAGAAUGGGAUGCUAACAGUGCAUUUAAUUACCACAUGCAACAAGCAAUAAAACCAUAGUAAUAAAAAGUUGGUGGUGAAAGUUGCAUCUAUCCUUACAGCUUUUAGCCUGGGAGAACUGGAAUUGUGGAAGAGAGGCCACAGUCUCCAUGCUUUGCCAUCUUCCAUCUCAUCCCUCCAGAAGAAGGCAGCCUAUCUGUGCCCCUGCCAUACUCCACCACAUUGUCCCCCACCUGUGCCUGCACGUUUUGGCAGGCAAAGGCUGACAGCUCAGUUGAAGAGCAUCCCUCUUGGCAGUGGGAGAAGAGCUGCCCUUUCUUCCAUGUCCAUACCUAGCAUUCAGUUUGGGUUGGCUUGCCACCUCAGCUAGAGACCGUGGUGUAUAUAGUAUAAAUGGAGUAUAAUUAAAAGUUAUUUUGAUUGAUUGGUUUUGGGUUUGUUGGUUUUUUUUUUUAGUGAUAUAUGUAAAAUGUUCAUGCCAAUGGUUGACUCAGAUAUAUAUUAGCAAGAAAAGUAUUAAUGAACCACAUUCAAUUCUCUUAAGUACAGUGAAGAAGUGUAUGAGACUUGUGUGCAAGGGAGGCUGCUUGAUCACAUCAGAUGUGAACACUGUACAAACCUAUACUGGCCUUUCAGAUUCUGAUACUACACUACUGCUUCUGCAGAAGUCACAUCAAAUGUUUUAAAAUCAGCUGUCAAACGGAAGUUGUAUGGUUUGCAACUUUUCAUCAACCUGAAAAGUACAAGCUUUGGUUAAAGCAGUUUACACUGAUACAUGUUAAUAAUGGUGUAGUCAAAAUAUUUAUUGAAAGAAAAGGUAAAAUAUUUUAAAUGUUGCACCUGCCAUUAUAUUUUAAAGCACAUUCUUCACACCUAACUGCCAGUGCCAUUACCAAGUCUGUUUUAUAAAUGUACAUUUCUUCAAACUAAAAAGUGCAUAAUUGAAAGUAUUAUGUUACUGCCAUAUAGUGAUAUAAAACAUUUUAUAAUUACCAAUUCAUUUUUAACUAUUAUUUAUUUAAAAGUUAAUUGUAAGAAUGCUUUCUGAUCAAAUGAAACACAGAGUUGUUUUUAAACUGUUCCUGUUAGCUCGUUUCUAAUGUAGCAUAAGCAACGUCCUUGGGUUUGUUUAGAAUAAUUUUGCCAGUAGGUGACCAGCUCUAACCCUUUUUCCUCCAGUUUAAUCCUCUACCCCUUUUAAAGACGAUUUACAGAAAUUUAGUUUUUUGUAUGCUAAUCUGUUAAUUAAAAAUGUUUAUAAAGUUUAUUUUUACCAAAGAGAUGCAAUUCAUUAUGACAAAAUAUUGCAGAAUAAACUUUGUUUUAUAACAUUUGUGAUUUUUCUGCCCACAUUUUUCAUUCAGAUGAUCAAAGGGGCUUUUCUAAAAUAAACAGCAUUGCAAACAGAAA